CGACUAAACGAUAUGUGAAAAUUCAGCAUGAUAGGAUCCACAAAUUCUACUUCUGUUUGAGAAAUCAUAGAAAAACUACAACUACAACAGGAAAUGACGCUAGUUAAAAUGAAGUGACGCAAAUUACGUUUUGUGACAUUAUGUUUGCGAAAGACAAAAACAGUGGACAGGCAUAGGAUGGUUGUAUUUUUGGAAACCAACUACCUGACCUCGAGACAGGCUGAAGAGAACAUUGCCCUAUAUAAAGCAUUGCUGUGUAAACGGGCCGUGUUCUGGUCGGGAUCAGGCUCUGAAGAAAGUCGAAAACGACAUCAACAUCAGCAGAUGGACGGAGCAAGUCGGGAACAAAACAACCGUGUCACCCUGACUACAUGAGAGGCUGAAUCAUUCACAGGCUAGUCAGCCACGGGACCGUCGACUUUGGCAGUCCGUGUCGGUUUAUAUUGAUAUUACAUAUUAAACAGUCCAUCUGACAAGACUUGUUUACUGUGGUUUAAAGGCUGUACAUGGUUUUACAUACGUCCGAUAGACGGUAGACGACCGGUCUCCGCCAGACUAGCAAGUUAGCAAGCUAUUGUUAGCCGGAGCUAACGUUACCCUUAUCCGAACAGCUGGGUAGCUAGCAGCAGAAUGUAACUUGGGUUUCGAGACAGAAUUUAUGUAGAAAAUUGUUUACUUCAAUUAGUUCUCAGUAGAGACUGACCAUAAGAAUGUGAAGCACAAUGGCCAACUUUGAAACGUACCACGAGUAUCAGAGAAUCGAGGACUUUGAGGAGGACUCACCGCCAGAGGAGGAUUUACUGGUGCAUGUGCCUGAAGGCCUGAAAGACUCAUGGCACCACAUCAAGAACCUGGAUAACCUUCUUUACAAGGAUUUAUCAUUUCAUCAAAAGAAUGGCUUCGCUUAUAUGUUGUCAGAGUUCUUUGAGCUUGUUCAGUUUUUGUUUGUUCACAUUCACCCGUUUCUCGUCAACUGUGUGGAGUACGAUGUCCUGUUUGCUAAUCGGGCAGACCACACAGUGCCGGGCCAGAAUCCCUUGGACAGGAACAAGGUCACUCUCCCAGAUGCCAUCCUACCUAGCCAGCAGUGCACUCAGAGGAUUCAAGACAAUAGCUGGAACAUAUUUCUCAUUAUGGCCACCAUCUUUUGGAUCUACCGACUUGUGAAAGUUUUUUGCAAUGUUCUCAGCUACUGGGAGAUUAGGCAAUUCUACAUCAAGGCACUCAAGAUCAGAAUGGAUGAACUAUGCAACUUCACAUGGCAGGAAGUCCAGGACAGGCUCAUUAGCCUGCAACGGGAACAGCAAAUGUGUAUACACAAAGAGCUGACAGAACUUGAUAUCUAUCACCGCAUUCUCCUUAAGAACUACAUGGUGGCCAUGAUCAACAAAUCGCUGCUGCCAGUACAGCUACAGCUCCCCCUGCUGGGCAAUGUGGUGUUCCUCACCCAAGGCCUCAAGUAUAACUUUGAGCUCAUCCUCUUCUGGGGUCCGGCGCUGUUUCAGAAUAAGUGGAAUCUGCAUCCAAAGUACAAACGGAGUGGAAACCGAUUGGAGCUCGCACAGCAGCUUAGUAGGGUCAUCCUUCUGAUGGGAUUAGCCAAUUUGUUGCUAUGCCCCUUCAUUCUGGUGUGGCAAGUGCUUUAUGCUUUCUUCAGCUAUACUGAAAUAAUUCGCAGAGAACCCGGGAGCCUCGGAGCAAGACGCUGGUCUCUGUUUGGUCGUUUAUAUCUGCGGCAUUUUAAUGAGCUGGACCACGAGCUACAUGGACGUUUGGGUCGUGGAUACAAACCCACAUCUAAAUACAUGAACUCAUUUACGUCACCACUGCUGACUGUCUUUGCUAAGAACCUUGCCUUCUUCUCUGGCUCAGUCUUGGCGGUACUUAUUGCACUGACGGUCUAUGAUGAAGAUGUUCUCACAGUGCAGCAUAUUCUGACCGCUAUCACUGUGCUCGGAGUGGUUUAUUACAUCACCAGGUCCUUCAUCCCAGAUGAGCAUAUGGUAUGGUGCCCUGAACAGCUGCUCCAGUGCAUGCUGGCACACAUUCACUACAUGCCAGACCACUGGAGGGGCAAUGCUAACAAGAGCGAGACCCGUGACGAGGUGGCACAGCUGUUCCAAUACAAAGCGGUGUUUAUCUUGGAGGAGCUGCUUAGUCCAAUUGUCACCCCCUUCAUCCUCAUUUUCCACCUGAGGAAUAAGUCUCUAGAGAUUAUUGACUUCUUCAGGAACUUCACUGUUGAGGUGGUUGGAGUCGGGGACAUCUGCUCCUUCGCACAAAUGGACAUCAGGCGCCAUGGAAACCCAACAUGGAUGUCGGAGGGACAGACAGAAGCCUCCAUAUACCAACAGGCUGAAAAUGGCAAAACAGAGUUGUCCCUAAUGCAUUUCACCAUCAAGAACCCACGUUGGCAACCGCCUCAGGAGAGCUCAGUGUUCAUCAGCCAUCUGAAGGAGAAGGUGCAGCAUGAUGCCCUGAGUGGCCCCCCCACCCAGCAGCUGCUCUCUGAGGCUCCACUCUGCACCUCGCUGCAGUCCAAUGAGUCUGGCACUGUGCCUGAAAACCUGCUGGCCAGUGUCUUGGCCCAUCCCAUUCUGACUGCAUCUGGACUCCAAGGUCGUGAGCAUCGCUUGAUCCCACCGAGUACUGCUGCCUCUGCUGCUGCCAGUGUCUUGGCAUCUUUGUCCAGCUAGUUUGCACAUACCGGCCGCGUUCGCUCACAUGGCUUCCUCCCCUCCUCCAUCCAUCCAGAGAGCACCAUGUACCGCAGUGAUCGCACUAUUAUUGACAGUAUGUCUAACAGUGACUCUCGCAUGCGAAGCAAUACACUGCACUCAGAGUUUGCCUCAGCAGAGAUGAGUCUCCACGCCAUCUACAUGCAUGAGCUCCACCAGCAGAAUUCUCACCCACAAAGAUCUUCAGGACAGUGGCAGACAGUGCCGAUGAGAGAUCUUCACACCAACACUGGUUUGCAGGGACACAGUGGCUUUGGUGCCAGCAGCUCCAUGUCCACUCCUGUCCACCUCGGAGGCUGGCAAGAAGAAGAGGAAGAGAAUGAAGAUGAUCAAGAGAUUAACAGUGGAUCUACUCCAAAACAGGGCACUGGGAGUAGUUGUUGAAGUGCCUUACGUCAUAAGUGUUUACAUUUUACUUUCUUCAAGAACAUCGUGGCCUUAGAAGAUCUUCAUGGAGAAUUUAGCAUGGACCUUUAAAAUAUCACUCAACAUUUGUUGUAGGAGGGGCUCAACUGAAUAACCACUGUCCCUGCUCCUCCAUCAUGCCUCAUCCUGUCACAUCUGGCAGACUAUGGCAUCAGGGAAACCAUAUGUCUUCCAUCCGCUUCAUCAUGACUUUGCCAUAAUCUUGUACAGACAAACUGCUUGUAAAUUGUGUGACAGAAUGAAAUUCAUGACUUCUGCUGUGCCGCACGAGCACACAAUGCAAAGUAUCUGUGCAUCACAAGGUUUUAUAGUGUGAGUCUUAGUUGAAGUUUGAACAGAAUGGUGUUGUCAUCUGUGCUACAAAGACUGCAAAAUGAUAGUGCAGCUGCCUGAAAAACUAUCGUCUUCAAAAAGAAAUCAAUAGUUGAAGUUGCGCUGUUUGACCCUUGUGAUUUGUAAAUACACUUUUACGUCUUACUUAUCCUUCAUUUUUAUCACCAGAACUAAUCCAAGAAAAAAAUGACAAAGUAUUGAUGAAAAAAAUGUCUGUAGUUGCUACACAUACCCAGCAACUAUGUCACAAAACAUGUCUUUUUAAGCAGACAUAUAUUUGUUCAGUAUUCAUAUACUUAAAGCUGAUGUAUCAAGAUAAUGCCAUUCCUUAAAAACCGGACUGAAAUAACAGCCCAGAUACACUUGAAGAAAUCCUAAUGCAGGUAUAAGAUGCAUUUUAAUUCCGUUAAAGCAGUCAGCUUUAUGCCUUAACACUUAAUAAACACCCAUAAAUCCUAGUUUUCCGUAUUACUUCAAUGGUACCUCAAGAAAUGAUUCCAAUCAAUACCUCUGUGAAUUACACACAGAUGCAUCUUUUAACUGCAUUGGAUUUUAACUUCGGGUUUAAAUGGAGUCUGUUGUAUUUUCUGCCCUUCCCUUGCUUUGGCUUUUCCCUAAGUACAUUUUUUGAGCAAAUGGCGCCCCAGAAAUAUUAGGAAAACAAAUAUUUUCAUGAACAAAACAGGGUGGUAUUGCUUUUACAAAUCAUUGUUCUGCAUGUUAAUGUUAUGUUGUUUUUCCUGAAUGACACGUGCUAUUGCAUCUGCACCUUAAGAUUUGAGGAGUUUAGAUCAUCAGUUCUUUUCAGUAUUUUAAAAGGUCUUUCCAGCAUCCUGUAUUAGCUUUGGAUUUAUUUAUUAUCUGUCCCCCCAACUAUUUAAUUAUCUCUGUGUAUUUAUAUUUUAAAAUCAUUUAUUUAAAUUGUUUUUGACAAUUAUUUACAUCAUGAAAAGCUUAAAAUUUUAAUGAUGAAAAAGACCCCAGCUACCUUAAAUUCUGAUAUAAAGUAAUAAGUUAGUUUCAGUCAAGGUUUUUUCAAAGAGCCAGCUGCAUGAUAUUGACGGUGAAUAAACUAGGUCUAUAUUUGCUAGUUCAUGCAGUGCACACAAUACUGCUUUUUUUGGUCACUUUACAUAGAGUAGUUUACAGUAACAAAUACUGUAGUUUUCCAUUAUCGCAAUGUACAUAUAUUUCUUUGUUCUCUCAUGCUCAGAAAUCUUUCACCCUGUUGUUGGAGUGUUUGUGUGUCCGUGGAAGCAAUGCAUUUUGAUAUAAUAAUCCUAACAUGACCUCUGUUUUGCACUGACAAAAAGCAAGCUGUCUUUUUAAACGUACAUGUAAAACUCUCGCAUCCGUUGUUUCAGAAAGGGCAGGUCUUAAAGGGACCUAGAGUCAGUCUCCAUCCUGAAUGACCUCUUCAUGUAUUCUUUUGUAAUUGUCCACAGUUGAGCGCAUGGAGACACUGUGGCCAAUCACAAGGAGUUGUUCUUACCUCUGGUCAGUGUUUGGGAUGUCGUGCGUUUCUGUCAUUAUGUAAAAUAUGCUUACAAGGGUACUGUGGUCACUGGUCAUUUGUGAUAAUCUCUGCAUUAUCAUACGAAUGCAGCGGGUUGACUUUGUAGACACUGGAGCUCAGCUUUGUGCACAGAGUUGGUUUCUUUUGACAGUCUCCACAUGUACACCGCACUGUUAUUGUCAGUCGUUUUAAUUUAAGCAGUGCCUUAGUAUUAAGGAUUAGUAUUUGCUCAUUCUAGAAGCCAUUUCCUCUACAGCAUUUGAUUUACAGAUUUAGCAGCACAUACUAUGUACAGGUCGUUUUGGCAAGUCAUUGUUUAUAGCCUCAAGUAUGUAGAGAAAUUGUGGAUGUGGCUUGUAAGAUGCAAACACAGAUGUGGAGAUCUUGUGUCAGUCUGUUGUAUUAAACAGUACACUUCAUAUCACGGUGUGUAAACUUGCACUGUCUUCGUAAUCCUGAGGUGAAAGGCAGGAGUAUACCCUGUACUUGGCAGCGUCAUCAUGGCCAACCCUCUCACCACACUCUGGUUUCUUAUCCAUUAUACACCAGUCAAGGUGUCACAAUGACUGGAACAAGGUGCUAAGUUUCAUCCUGAAAUGUUGAAUAUGUUUUCAGACAUUGUUUUUUGUUUUGUUAAAUAGGUUUGUCUUUUAUUUGGUUGUGUAAAUUAAGAAACACUAGCUGAAAAAUGAAACAUGCCAAAAGAACUCGUUUUCGGCACAGCUUUACAAUAUAUGUGUUAUUUCCUGUGUGUGAAUAGAGAGGCAAAUAAAUCUUAUUUUGAGUGUAUUUGAUCGUUUCGAGUGUGACUGAUAUGUGAUGUUUAUUUGAAAUAAAAAUCUAUUUAAAUUUUC